AUGGCUCACUAUCAAGCAACCACGACCAUUUGUGAAAAUAUGAAGAACAGACUUGGUAAUGUGGAAAUUGAGGAGAUUUGCUCUCUGUUUAUACAACAAUUUUCUAGAGCAACUUUGCCCUAUUUAAACGAGAUCGAAGCUAAUCACAGAAGUAUUAUGUUAGCCAUUAAUAAUGAUGAUAAUAGAGUUCGACGGGGAUUGGGGCAGACAUUCAGGCGUAUGGCCAACGUUCUGUAUGGUGUAUGCUCAAAGAUUGAUGUUGAAUUCAUUAUAAAUCAAAUAACAGAACUAAAUCGAAGCAAAGUACCUAGCAAAAGCAAUAUUCCGGAAAAGAUCAGAUUCUUACAAGCAGAAGUAAAUAACUCUACACAACAAUUAGAACUUCAACAACAAAAAGUAGAACAAAACCUUCAGUACCUACAAGUACAAACAAAUCUUACUAUCCAAAACCUUAAUAAAUUGGCAUUCCGAACCAAAGUAUUAGAACAAUCAUUACUAUUUGAACUAGUUUUAAACAAGUACGCUUAUGAAACCCAGAACCUUAUCUCCAUAAUAAAUACAGCAUUAGAUGGAAAAAUUCACACUAGUGUCUUUACUCCACAGCACAUUAUUAAAGAACUUCUCGAAAUUAAGGUAGACUUGCCGAUUGGAAAUACUUUUCCAUUGGAAGUUAAUAUAGAAUCUCUUAAUGAAAUCCUCCGAAUCUCUGAAAAAAACAUAUUCUUAAAAGACAACUAUCUUAUCUACGUCAUAGAAAUCCCACUAAUUACCAGUGAGGAAUAUAGUAUAUACCACCCUAUACCUUUACCCAUACCCCACAGUGAACAAACCAUUUUCUUAGUCGACCCUGAAAUAGAUUAUUUAGGUGUAAGUAGAGACAACGAAAAUUUUAUUGCUUUAGAUAACGCAAAGUGGGAAGAAUGUACAAAAUUAAAGCCCUAUAAAGUUUGUAGAGGUAAUCAACAUGUACAGCAUUGUGCAGAAUCAGAUGUAUGUGUAGUUUCAUUACUAGUGAAUAAUCAAUUUAAUCCAGACUAUUGCAAAUUCAAAUUCGUUUCAUUAAAAGCCCCUAUAUGGCAUCAGUUAGUGCAAACUAAUUCAUGGAUCUAUUAUACCCAACGGGAAGUAGGUACCAUCACUUGCACAAAUCCAACAGAAAAUUCCAAGAUAGAAAUUGAGGGCGUAGGUAGAAUAACUAUACCCCCAUUUUGUAAAAUUAAUCUCAGAAACUCUAUAUUAUUUUCUAAUAACAAAGCUAGUAGGGAUAGUCAUUCAGAUAUUAUACCAGAAAAUUCUAAGAAUGAACCGUUACACACAUUGGCAGAUAUAGUCAAAACAAUUAUUCCUCAAAACCUCACUAAUAAAAUCCUAAUUCAAAAUUUGAACCAACUGACUAAUAAAGCAGUUGAGUUAAAUGAACUUUCACAUACCCUAGCUGAACCUUCAUUAAUUUUCAACAUUAACAUUCACGUUAUUGUCAUUUAUAUUAUUGUAAUACUAACAAUAUUAACAACUAGUAUAUUAAGUUUUAGUUUAAGAAAAAAUGUCACAAAAAUAUACAACCCUGAAAUACCAGAAGCAUGAAAAACCUAAUGGUAUUCAGGAAGACACACAGUGUAAUUUAUUUUUCUUACUUUUAUUAUUUUUUUCCUUUUAAUAUUUUAUUAUUUUUUUGUCAAACUGAACUGACCCCCAAAUAACAGAAAAUUCGAAACUUUGCAGAAACUUAAACAUUUAAGUGAAACACUGUGGUCAUUGGACCCCCGUGUCUCAUUUAGUCUGGGGGGUGUUAAGAAACCCUGAUUAGUACAUAUUUUAUUUUUUAUAUAUCUAUAUAUGUUAACAACAUAUAUAGACAAUCAUAAUGCAGAGUGUGUGUCGUAAGACGCUGCUACCGUGGGAACCGCUGAAUAAGGGUUUUUUAUGUGAGACGGGGCACCGUCACGACAACACACAGGCAGUCAGUCAGUCGUAGAAUUACGAGUGUUCGAUUAACAGUUUGUAGCUAUACUUAAGAUUUUUACUACCAAUUUUAAUAAAAAAUACA